UCGUAGUGACAGCUGUGAAAGUAUCCGGAUACUAUCUUGAUUUUUUUAUUACUCUUUGGCUCGUCCAACCAUCCAAGAUGGCGUCGCUUGUGGGACUGCGCGCAUGUUUCUCCGCCCUCCAGCUCACCUCGCCGGGCCUCCUGCACAGCUCCUUCAAAUUGUGUGCUGUGCCUCUGAGUCGGCGGACCUUUGCUGCAGAGGCUAAGAAGACGUACAGCAGAGACAAGCCCCAUGUAAACAUCGGAACAAUUGGCCAUGUUGAUCACGGCAAGACAACCCUGACUGCAGCCAUCACGAAAGUGCUCGCUGACGCUGGUGGUGCUAACUAUAAAAAGUAUGAAGACAUUGACAAUGCCCCUGAAGAGAAGGCCAGAGGAAUCACCAUCAACGCCUCUCAUGUAGAAUACACCACAGCCAACAGGCAUUAUGCUCACACGGACUGUCCUGGUCAUGCUGACUACGUCAAGAACAUGAUCACAGGCACAGCUCAGAUGGACGGCUGCAUCCUGGUGGUGGCGGCCACCGAUGGUCAGAUGCCUCAGACACGAGAGCAUCUCCUGUUGGCCAGGCAGAUUGGUGUCGAGCAUGUGGUGGUUUUCAUCAACAAGGCUGACGUUGUGGAGGACAAAGAGAUGCUGGAGCUGGUGGAGAUCGAGAUCCGUGAGCUGCUCACAGAGUUCGGCUAUGAUGGCGAGAACACACCUGUUGUAAUAGGCUCAGCCCUCUGCGCCCUGGAGAACAGAGAGCCUGACCUCGGUAUGAAUGCAGUGUUGAAACUGCUGGAGAUUGUUGAUUCUUACGUUCCUCUGCCCAAAAGAGAUAUGGAUAAACCUUUCCUCCUGCCCGUUGAAGGAGUUUAUUCCAUCCCAGGCAGAGGUACGGUGGUGACGGGCACUUUGGAGAGGGGUAUCAUCAAGAAAGGAGAUGACGCUGAGUUUGUCGGCCACAAUCGGCUCUUCAAGUCCGUCGUUACAGGUAUUGAGAUGUUCCACAAGUCUCUGGAUCGGGCAGAGGCAGGAGAUAACCUGGGCGCUCUGGUCCGAGGACUGAAGAGGGAGGACGUGAGGAGAGGGAUGGUGAUGUGCAAACCGGGAUCCAUCAAGCCUCACCAGAAAGUCAAGGCUCAGGUGUAUAUUCUGAGUAAGGAGGAGGGAGGCAGGCACAAACCAUUUGUGUCCAACUUCAUACCCGUGAUGUUCUCUCUGACCUGGGACAUGGCCUGCAGAAUCACUCUGCCUGCUGACAAGGAAAUGGUGAUGCCAGGGGAGGACACCUCCUUGAUGCUCACACUGCGCCAGCCGAUGGUUCUGGAAAAAGGCCAGAGGUUCACUCUGAGAGAUGGAAACAAAACCAUCGGCACCGGCCUGGUCACAGACAUCUUGACAGUUACAGAAGAAGACCAGGUCGACUGGGGAAACUGAAGGGAAACUGCAGAGAGGGCUCAGCUGGGGGAAUGGUGCACUGUGGGGGGGUCAGGGAGGGAGGGAGGAUCGGUGGGUGGGUGUCUGUGUCUGGUCACAUCAAAUGAUUAUAGAAAUAAACAUACAGUACAUGAACCCAUGCACAAACAUAAAACAUUAGAGGACUCAAAGCAAAGCAUGGCUCUGUUGUGCAGAUCCGCCCAACCAAAAUACCUGUAAUGUUUUACAUGUCUUUGUGUUUAAAGGCCAGGCUGUCAAAAAAUCUGUCAUUUAUGUAAUAAAAUGUAUUUAAUAUAAAAACA